AUGUUAAGAGGAGGAGGAGCAUGUGCCAAUACACGUCCGCAAUAGUCAAUGCAAAUGAGUACUCUACUCAUUUCCAACCAGUUUGAGAGCAUACUCUCAAGUAAUAUAUAGUUCAUCUCAAAAAAUGCAGAGGAUACAUAAAACAAUUAUAAAGAAUUGCAUUCCAGUCUCUAAGCAUUAUUAUCACUUGAUUAUGAAUUAAACAAUCUAAUAAAGUCCUAAAAUUAGCUUAAUAAACAAAUUGUUAAUCUAGAGAAAAGUCUUUAGACUAUUUUGGAAUCGUGCCUUUAACUCAAAAAUCCCUAACUUCGAUAUUAUGCCGUGAAAUUUGCCGAAAAACUUUCUAGAACUAUAUUUUGGCAUUACUGUUCAGCAAAAUCAAUCAAAGAUGGUAUGCAACAAAACUAUAUCAAUACUUUUAAUAAAAUUGAAGCACUCAAUAACAGCGAAGAAGGAUUUUACAAAAAUUUAACUGAAUAUGAAAUCACUAUAUCCAAAAUGAUUUUUACUAUACUGCCUAACGAUUUUCAAGAGGGACUGGAAGUCAUCGCUCUAUUUGCUAGCAUCAACCAAGUUCUUAUGAAUGCUCUGCCAAAGACAAUGAGAGAAACAAUCAAAGGGGGUAUUGUAUAAUCAAUCAGAGACGCAACCAAAGUUUAAUAUCGUAAGAUCUACAGAUAAAUCUUUAAUAUUGACAUCAUGAAGUGGUGGGUCCUCACUGAGCUCAAAUAAACUACGCGUACAAUCAAAGAGAUGAUUGGAGAAUUGCAAGAAUUUCACAAGGAACUGUCUAAAUCGGAUUACUAUGUUUAACAAGCUUGGAUCAUAGCCAUCAGUGAAAUUGUAUCUUAUACCCCCAGUCUUUCUGAAGAUUAAUUGUCAAUAGAGCAAUCAGACAUACAAGUCCUCCUUGAUAUAUUUUGUUUAAAUAAAAUCAAGGAGGAAUACAGAAUUAGCAUAAAUUAAGCGAAACUUAAAUGCACCUAAUGUCAGGGACUCUUUGAGAAACUGCCUACCUUGACUGUGUUGCAGCAAAUUCAAGAAUAGAUCAUUUCAAGAGAACGCUUCUUUAAUAUUCUUUAUGAUAACAAAGAGGAAAUUAAGGAGUAAUAGAAAUAGGAGACAACUGUUAAGACUAUCUUUGAAUAUUUAUUCACCUUGUUUAUUGAUUGCGAUAUUGAAAUCAAUAUUGAUCUAAUACGAAAAGUAAAUUAAUAAUACAUUGAAAUCAAUGAAAACAUUUAAUUAAUUAAACAAAUAAGUUUAAAUAAAUGGAUCAGAAUGUUGGAAUCUAAAUAAUACUCAGAUCCAGUUGUUUUUGGUGAAUUUGAAUAAAAAUAAAAAUAAAUUAAGCAUUUAAUUAACAAAGUGAAAGGGAUCUAAAGAUUUCUUAUUUCAUUGGAUUUCAUAUUUUCUCAAUGGAAUCUUUUAGAAUAAAUUGCAGAAUCUGAUUAAAAGUAAGAAACUCAAUUGGCAGUAUUCCAAGAAAACAAACAAAAUCAAUUGAAUUGCCAAUAAAUAAGUUAAAUGAAUUUGGAGAAUUUGAAAGAAUUACUCUUAUUAAAUAUUAAUUUUGAUGUGUAUUUUGCAGUACUCACUGAAUUUAUUGAAAGACAAUAUACAGCUGUAUAUCAAGUAGUCUAAAGUACUUAGUCAACUGAUCCAGUAUUAUAAUUAUAUAAGCAAUACAAAGAUGUUUAAGACAUCGUUUAAUAAAGUUUUCGUAAAGUAAAUGAAAAAAUUUUAUAAUUUAAAGAAAUAUUUUAACAUAUUUCUGAGAAGUUGAAACAAAUAGAAUACAAUUGCAUUUUGAAAUUUUAUCAUGUCUCAUUGAAAUUGUAACAUCUGGAUCUACCCAAUCAGUAAUUCGAAUUCAGAAACCAAGAUCAUUAAACACUGUUCUUUAUACAAAAUUAUGAAAAACAGAUUUUGAAAACCCAAUUGAUUGAACUGCACAAAGAAUUUAAAGAAUUUGUAGCGAGCAGUCAAUUUUAAGAUUAUGAUUAAGCCAAGAUCUAUCUAUAAACUAUCUAAUAAAUAUGCAAGUUUAUGGAAAGUUUAUUACAUUAGAAUAAAAAACUAUUCUAGCAUUUACAUAAUUUUAAAUAGUCCUUAUAAAUCGAGUCUGCUCAUGGAAAGUUUAACGAUUUACUCAAUUUAUGGACUACGAUCUUGCAAACAACAAAUGAACUUGAUUCAUAAUAAUUUGAUCAAGCAGUCUUCCUUGUUAAAUUUGAUUAAUUGUAACAAAAAUAGGACUAAAUCAUAAAACUCAAUCAAUAAAUAAGAUGGCCUUUCAAUUAGUAUUUGUCAUAAUACUUUAAAAUGCUUACUCAAUUAGAUACUAUUUUCUAAGAAUUGAAAACAUUUAAGACAUAUGAUUCCACUGCUGAUCCCAAUACACAAAAUAGGUAUGAUAGCUUGAGAUUGAAUCUUAAAUAGAUAUGCCAAAGCCAAAUUCAAAGAAUUAAAUCAACUCUUGAAUAGUACAAUCAAGGAGUUGAUCAAUUACAAAAUAAACUAGAUAAUCAAAAUCAUUUAUCGAUUGAGGAACUCUUAUCCUAAUUAGUCAAUAUGCAAGAGGCUUUAGAUGAAACUUUGAAUUUGAUUUAAACAAGGCUGACACAACCCUAAUCCUAAUAAAAUGUUGGAUCUUUAAAUCUAAUCCAAAAUCAAAGAUUAACAGAUUUCGAAAAUCUAUAUAAUUAUAAAAUAAAUGCGGAUUUUAUCUAAGUGGCAUCAUACAUAAAAUUUAAUUAUAAUUUCAUAGAAUAGAAUGCAAUAAUGGAAUCACUAAGAAUAGAUUUAAAUGAUGAUAUCAAUCACCAUGUUGUUUAAUCAGGCAUUAUUUCUGCACCCAUUAGAAUUGUGAUGAUUACAAAUUUAAUAAAUAUUUGGAAUUGUUGUAUAGGACAGGAGGAAUUCGAUAUAAUAAGUAAAUUGAUUUUGCAGAUGCGGUUAAAUGAAUCUAAUCAAAUGAUUAAGAAAGAAAUUAAGACCACUUACAAAAAAGAGUUUGGAUAUAUUAUUGAUAAUAUAUUUCAAACUCUAUUGCCAAAUGUUGAGGAGGACUUACGAUUGAAAAUUAAAGAAAGGAAUUAAUUAUCAUUCUAAAUUAAGUAUGAGCCAUCCUUUGAAAAAUCAUAGAAUUUGAAUGAAAAACUCAACAAUCAUACCAAUCAAAUUUCCACUAUAUUUACCAACUUAUAGGAAUUAGAAUCAGAAUAUAAUUAUCGCAUUCCCUUUUAUGAGCAAUUAAUGAAUGAAUUCAAAAAAGCAGAUUAAAGUACUUCAACCUUAGAUGUCUCAGAGAUCAAGUUCUACUAAGGAAAGUAAUUAACAGAGCUAUUUCUAUUGCGGAUGGACUACGUAUCUAGAAUGAUCAAGGUUUAAUAAGUGAAGAAUGCUUAUGUUGAAUUAGAAUGUUAGAAGAAAAAUGAGAUUAAGAAAUUGUUGUCUAAAAAGGAUAAUAAAAAUGGUAUUAUUGAUAAAUUCUUAGAGGAUUAACAAGCAUAUUAGUUAUUGGUAUUAUAAGGGGAGGCUGGAUCUGGUAAGAGUUUAGCCAUUAGAAUGAUUGAGGAAUCUGUUUGGAAACGAAAUGAUGCCAUUAAAAUUAUACCGAUCAUCAUCAAAUUGUCUGAAUUGAAGGAUCCAAUUCAUAAUGCAGUCACAGAGACUCUCAGAUCUUUGAAUUAUAAAUUUGAUAUGGCUCAAAUAGAACAAUUAUAAAAAGAUGUCAAUUCUAAUAAAAUGCAAAUGUUAUUCAUUUUUGAAGAAUAUGAUAAACUCAGUUAAGAUCAAAUAGGAAUCAAUCUAUUUAAAUCCAAUAAUCUCAAUCAAUGGAAAACACCCUAAUUGUAGAAAUCUCCUAAAUAUAUUAUUGCAACUAGAAGUGAAUUAUUCAAAUAUGCUAAUCAUCUAAGAUGGAUAGAUAGUAAUGAAGUUGAUUACAACUAUUAAAAUUAUUGGAAUCUUAAAAUUAUGCCAUUUAAUUUAGAUUAAAAAAAUUAAUUUCUAAUUAAAUUUUAGGAGUUAAUUAUUAGAAACACUGUUAUAGAUUUUUAUUAGAUAAUGUGUGAAUUUGAACAUCAAGAUCUGUUGAUUCAGAACUUUAUCUCCUUAUGGAAAAAAAUUGAUAUCAAUUUUAAUGAAUUAAGCAUGGAAACUUCUUUGAUAUCACAGCCAACAAUAACCAAAAUUAUUAAUGCUUUGAAACAAGAACCAAAAAUCAAAAAUGGCAAUGAAGUUGCAUUCCAAUAAUUAUAAAAGGCUUUAGAAUAAUUAAAAUCUUGUUAUUAUUAUCAAAGGAUGUUGGAAUAAUUAAACUUUUAACAACCUAUUGACAAUCCCUAAAUUUUGAAUGUUUUCUAUACAGCACUACCUAAACUAUUGUAGAAUAUGUCAAAUAUAUAGAGAAUAAAGAAGGAGUAUUAUGACAUUUAUUUUAAUGAAACCUAUGCUAUUAAUUGUGAUUUAGCACUAUGUAAUUCUCAGAUCGAAAAAGAUUGGAAUCAAUUGGUUAAUAGUUAAUUCUUUAGAUUUUAUAAGGCUGAUGAACCAAUCACUAAGAUUUAAAUACUGUUAGCAUAAAACUUCGGUGAGGACUAACAAUUCUAGAAUAAAGUCUUAAGAAUCUUUGAGAAAAUGAGCGUUUCUCAUUAUGACUUAUAUGAACAAUAUCUAACGAAUUUCUUUGAUACUGCAUUAAUUCACAUUUAAAUAAGUCAAAAGAGCAUCGAUUUGGAAGCAUUUUAACAAGAAUAAUGGAAUUUCAGCUUGAAUUUGGCAUAAAAAUUAUCAUAACAUGAGAUUUUCACUAUUCAUUUUAAUAGCAAGGGUUCUUUAAUCAAAGUAGGAGGGUCUGUAACUGAAUGGGAAGAAUACUUCAAUGAUGAUGAAUAUGUUUCAUAAAAUACCAAAUUUUCAAAAAAACUACUGAGGAGUUCCAUACCAUUAAGAGAAUAAUUUUCGAUUUAUGCAUUUGAGAAUAAAAUCAUCUAAGAAUUCUUGGUAGCCAAAGCCGUAAUCACUUAACUAGAAGCAUUGGAACACUAAUCGAUUGAUGAAGUGAUGGCGAAUAGUAUUUUAAUGUAUAAGACUAUUUCUAAUCAAUUUUUUUAAGGAACAGUCAACUUUUUAGUUUAAAAAUGCAGAAGCAGGUUUAGUCUUAAAUAGUAACUAAUCUCACUCAUUAGAUCUUCAGCUUAAGGCUAAUAAUAUAGCAUAUUAGCAUCUAACGCCCUUUAUUUAUUAUAAUGUAUUGACGGAGUGAUUAAAGGUCUAGAUUUAUAGGGUAUUAGGUUAAAAGAUAUUCCUAUUGAUAAUUGUCAUUUUUAUAAUUGUAAUCUUUAAGGAUCAGAGUGGACAAACAUAUCUGUUAAUUCUCUAACUUUAAUGAAGAAUAACAUGAAAAACAUGAAAUGCCAAAAUUUUAAAUUAAACACUUAUUCAAUUAAAAAUACGGCAUCUAAUCCUAAGUUCAUUAGACAAUUUAAAUCUGGAAAGUCAUUUCUGAUUAACGAAAACAGCAUUUAGAAUUUAAAGGGUGGAACUAUUAUACAAGGCAAAUUUGAUGGUUGUUCAAUUGAUGAAAUUAAAAAUAGAUUUUAUGUUAAAACAAGUUAAUCAGUUUAUGUUUUGCAUGAAUAGAAUGAACAGAUAAUAGCAGAAGAAUUAAAAAUUCCUAAUGUUCAUUCCAUUUCAGAAUUUGAUUAAUUCAUUAUGCUAUUUUAAUUGAAGAGUGAUGUCGAUGCAGCAAUAUUUGAGUUGAAUGGAAAUACAAAUGAAAUUAAAUACUAAAUCCCUAUUGAUCUAAGCGUUGCUACACAUUACAAUAUCAAAAAAUACUUUUAAAUGUAUGGUAAUUAGAUUCUAUUUUAAACAAAUGCUAAUUAAGUUUCUAGUAUGCAUUAUUAAAUAGAAAAUGAUAAACUGUAAUUUGACAAUUUGACUAAUCAUGUAACUAUUAAUAAUGAUCAUCAAAUUGUUGCUAUAAACUAUUAUAAUAGUUUGGAUAUCACAGUAAUAUCAUUUAGGGAUAUAGAGACAAAUUAGAUCUAUGAUAUUAUUUAUGGAUCAAUAAAUCAAUUGAUAGGUAGAUUUAUAUUCCUUGAAAACUAAAAAAGUGAGUUCUUUUAUCUGAAAAAUAACAAAUUGUAAUUAAUAAACUAGGGAACAUUUAAAAUGAUAAAUGAAUGUGAAAUAAUCAAUGUAAAAUUAUAACUAUUACACAAUUACUGUAAUAAAGUAGACGACACUGUAUUAAUUUCCUUUAUUGAUUCAAUUGUAAUUUUGAGUCUUCGUCCAUUUGAAGUCAUUAAAUUUAUAUAAGUUGAUGCAAUCGAUUUAUUAGUAAAUUUAUAAAUUAACCAAUUGCAAAUAUUGACCCAUAAUGAAAUUAUAAAUUAUGAUAUUAAAUAUUUGGAAGACAGACAAAAUUAAAUUAAGAAUGUUAGUUAUUAGUUUGAUGAAAUUGUAUUUUCAUAGACUUCUCCCAAUUUCUUGGGUAGGAUUAGAUAUACUAAUGAGAUUGUCUUGGCAACAUUUCAAAAUAGGGAAUUUGAAUUCAAAAUUCUAACAAAAUCUUAGAAUCCUCGAUUUUAUUUAAGCAAUGAUUUGAACUCAGCUAUAGUAUGUGAGGAAGAUUGCACAGUUUAUUUUGAUUUAAAAACUAACAAGUAAAUAAGAAUGGUAAAUUUAUAAUAUGAGAAAAUUUUGUGGAUUAAAGACAAUUCAAAUUUAUUUUACAUUCAAUCUGGAUUUGUUGAGGAGUAUAGAAAUUCUGUUAUUACUAUCAAAAAUAAAAUUGUUAGUAAAUAAUCAUACAGAUCCAUCAAAAAGGUUUAGAGUACUGAAAAUAAGUUGUACAUUACAACAACUACAAAUGAUACCAUAGUGAUUAACGAACAAUUUGUGUAGGAUUUCAUUACGUCAAAACAAAUGAUUAAGAAGUAUAGAGAAUACUAUAUAACUGAAAGUGAUUUAAGAUAUGAGAGUAAGGUUAGGAACACAAUCACAAUAAAUUAUUAGACUAAUAACAAAAUAAGGGAUUUUUGGAUGUUUUCUAAAACUAUAUUGAUCAAAGAAUAGAUUGACAAUAGUGAGAUGGGAUUUUUAGUAUUGUUGGAUAAGUAAAAUUAUCAAGUAAUAAGUGAAAUAUUGGUCUAGAUAGAUUUUAUAGCUUAUACAGAAGAUGCAAUCUAAAUUAUUUCUAAUAGAUUAAUUUGGUUAACAUAUUCAGCCUUUGAUUUAUAAUUAUUGCAAACCAACGUUUUAAAUGUAAAUACAAUGUUUGUUGUAUCAAAUCAUGUGGAUUAAUUCAUGAUAAUCUCCUAGUAUUCUGAAAUCACCAUUUGGAAUACAAUCACUUAUUUAGCAGAUUACUAUUAAAAAAAUGUGGAAUUGAUUUAAUAUGUUAAAAUGAUACCAGGAAAUAAGAAUGAAUAUUAUAUAGCUGAUAGAGAUGUCUUAAAAUUAUAUAUCUAAAAUGAAGUUCGCUUUUCCAUCUAAUUGAGUAAGAAGAGAAUAGAUUUAAUCACAAAUAAAUACGGAGUGCAUCAUUAUAUUUAUCAAGUAGAAGAUGACAAGGUGACAUUAAACUGUAUGAGUGAAGACAACAAACUUAUAUACUGGAAAAAAAUAGUUUUUGAAUUAGAUUCAAUUAGAGAAUAAAUUGAUUGCUAUGACAAUAAAGAAAACAGACUAGUAUUUUUUGGAGGGUCUAAAAUAUAAUAAGUCUAAUUGGAUGCCUUCGAUGAUAUUAAAGUUCUGGAUAUCCCAGCUUCCUUUAAGGGAGUUCAAAUAAAAUACAACAAAGAUUGUUCAACUAUAUAUUUUAGAUCUAAUGAAAAGAUUUUGGUUAUUGAAGCUAUGACCAUGAAUCUAAUUACUUAGGUUAUUCUUAUGGAAAUCUUGCCUCAACCAUUUGACUUUAAUUGUUAAUUGGAAAUGUAUUGCCAAAAUCUGAAUAAUAUUAUAAUCUAAUAAGAGAAGAAUGGCUAUCAUUAUGUUUACAACUAUAAUUAAUAAGCUGCUUUUGGUCAAUUGGAUUUAGUGACUAUAGGUAAUUACCAUCACUUCAUUGGCACGAAUUCAAAUGGAUUACUCAUAGUUGAUGGUCAAACUGGGAUCAUUGAAUUAUUUAUGCCUAAAAUUGUUAACCCUAAAAAUAACUUUGUGUCCUACAUUAGAUAACAACAAUUCAAUAAAUCAAACAUAGUUCAAUGCCAAAUUUGUGACAAUUUAUUGGAAAAUUGCCAGAUCAUUUCAAAUAAUGGGGAUAAUAUAAGUGAGCUUUGGAAGAAGGGAGAAUAGGUUGAUUUAUUGAUAUCGUUUUGAG